AUGAACACCACUCCGGAUCUGCUACUCGUCAACAAGCGAACGCCUCCUCCGGAGACGAACACCACUCCGGAUCAGGGCGGCGACGGUGACGAGGAUGCCGCUAAGCGCAAGCUCUCCAACCAGAUCCUCGCGCGUGUCGUCCUUCUGUGCUAUCUACCUCGCCAUUUCGUGCUACUCGUCAACAAGCGCAAAGAGAAGUUCAAUGAUAUCAGCCCUCAGGCGGGCUUCGAGGAGGAUCUGUACGCUGCUAUGGCGCUGUCUGGCACCAAGGCUCAGGUCCUUGAGAUGCACAAGGAGUUGGUCUGA